AAAAUAAAAAGUUGUGAAUUUUCAUGUUGCAUGGUUAACUCGUAUCCAUUACAACUUUUUAAAACCUUUUAACUAAAAUUAUUUAUCGUUCUUCGGCAAUGCAAGUGACACAUUUUUCUAUCUUGAUGGAAUGGAAAGUAGCAGGUGAAAAUGAGGAAAAGUUCCAUAGUCAUCAGGCUUCGAAAGAUGCCUGGAACUUUUGCUGAUGAAGCGUUUGAAGGAGCAGGGGAAACACCAGGAUUGGAGAUCUGGAGAAUAGAGAAAUUGAAAGUAGUGAGACAAGAUCCAAAAAACAAUGGCAAAUUUUACACUGGAGACUCGUACAUUUGCCUGCUUACACGAAAAGUUGAGAACAGAAUUGAAUGGGACAUCCACUUUUGGUUGGGAAAAGAGACCUCCCAAGAUGAGGCUGGAGUAGCUGCUUAUAAAACGGUCGAGUUGGAUGACUCCUUGGGGGGAUACCCAGUACAAUAUCGCGAGGUGCAAAGUCAUGAGUCAAAGAGGUUUCUUGACAUUUUUCCUGAUGGGAUUCAAUAUAUGGAAGGAGGUAUCGAUUCUGGCUUCGUUCAUGUUGACAGAAAUGCUUAUGUGAAACGCUUGUUGCAUGUGAAAGGAAAAAGGAACAUCCGAAUCGAGCAGGUCGAACUUUCGUACAAAUCCUUAAAUCAUGGUGACGUAUUUAUUCUUGAUGAUGGUAAAACAAUAUAUUGUUGGAAUGGAAAAGAUUCUAGUAAGCGGGAACGAAUAAAGGCUGCGGAAAUUGCUCGCAAAAUAAAAGAUGACGAAAGAGGAGGAAAAGCAAGAGUUGUUUUAAUUGAUUCAGGAUACGAUCCAGAUAACAGUUUCUUCAAAGCACUAGGUGAGAAAGGACCAAUCAAAUCAGCCGAAGAAGGGGGCGACGACGUAGAAUUUGAAAAACAAAGCAAAAUCGAGAUAGCUCUAUACAGAGUGUCUGAUGCCAGCGGGGAUUUAAAAAUUGAAGAAUGCGCCCGACCACCUCUGAAAAAAGAAGACCUCGAUACCGACGAUUGUUUCAUAUUGGACAGCGGUCCAUCAGGAGUGUUCAGUUGGAUAGGAAAAGGCUGCACAAUAAACGAGAAAAAAGCUGCAAUGAACAAUGCUAUGCGUUUUAUCAAGAAAAAAGGAUAUCCAAACUAUACCCAAGUAAUGAGAGUGGUAGAAGGCGGAGAGACACCUCUUUUCAAAUCCUUUUUCUCAAAUUGGGUAACAACCGCAGACCAACUUGCAAUGGGAAUCAUGGAUAAGAGUAACAUUGCUGCUUACAAUACAAGCCAAUUUGAGGUGAAUUCCUUGCACGCAAGAGCGCAAAAAGCCAAAGAAACCCUUGUAGAUGAUGGCAGUGGAACGGUUAAGAUAUGGCGGAUUGAGAAGUUUAGAAAAAUAGAUGUCCCUGAAAAAGAACAUGGUGUGUUUUAUGAAGGAGAUUGUUAUGUUAUCUUGUACACAUAUCAAGUGAAGAAAUAUGAAAAACAUAUUAUUUACUACUGGCAGGGAUUAAAAAGUUCGACGGAUGAAAAAGGUGCUUCUGCCAUUAUUGCGCAGCAAAUAGACGACGAAAUGGGAGGGUCACCAGUUCAAGUACGCGUUGUUCAAAACAAAGAACCUGAACAUUUCUUGCGAGUUUUUAAAGGACGAAUGAUUGUGAUGAAGGGUGGAAUUGAAAGUGGAUUUCGCAAACGUUCUAACAGUCAAAGCGAGCAAUCAAAAGCAGCUGAAGGGGUCCAACUGUUUCACAUUCGUGGUACAACAGAAUUCAACACGCGUGCUGUCGAAGUGAUUGGACGAGCUGCAUCUCUUAAUUCGAAUGAUGUUUUCUUAUUGAAAACAGAAGAGAAAGCUUUCAUGUGGGAAGGAUCGGGUGCGAGUGAAGAUGAAAAAGAAUUUGCUGAAGUAGUUGCCGAUUACGCAGCGCCUGACGGAGACUUAGUGAUUGUGCGGGAAGGCAAAGAAACCAAAGAAUUUUGGGAAUUAAUUGGUGGUAAAGAAGAAUAUGCUUCAAUGCCGAGAUUGGCGGAAGACAAGCCUGUUUUCCCGCCAAGACUCUUUCAAUGCUCAAAUGCGAGUGGAAGAUUUUGGGUUGAAGAAAUAUUUGAUUUUGAUCAGGAUGAUUUGUGCGAGGAUGAUGUCAUGUUACUGGACACGUAUGACGAGGUUUUCGUUUGGAUCGGAAGUGGCGCAAAUUUUAUCGAGAAGAAAAAUGCGUUGGAGGGAGCAGUGUCGUACAUCAAGGGCGACACCACUGGUCGAACAGUCGAAACUACCAGCAUCUUGCAAGUCAAACAAGGAUUUGAACCGCUCAAUUUUACUGGGUAUUUUUGGGCCUGGGAUCCAGAAAAAUGGAGCAAGGGAAUGAGUUAUGAAGAAUUAAAGAAGCAACUUGGAGAAGAAAAUGUAGCGAUUACUAGUGUAAAUGACGAACUGGAGAAAUAUAACAAGGAGUAUCCAUACGCACAGCUCUCACAAAAAGAUCUCCAGUUAGAUGGAGUUGACCCGUGCAACAAAGAGAAACAUCUAUCAAACGCUGAAUUUGAAAAAUAUUUCAAGAUGACGAAGGAAGAGUACGAAAAAGUAAAACCUUGGAAGAGGGAGAUGUUGAAAAGAAAAUUAAAACUAUUUUAAAAAAUUAAAUUAUUGUUAACAUAAAAUUUAGAUGAACAAGUAGCGUUGGACCAGGCAAGCAAUUAGCAAGAAUAAUUUUUGAUGACCAGAAUUAGUCCUUUUAAUUUUAAUUGUAUUUCAUGAGUACGUCACGAUGCUUCGUGGAAUUUGUUACUCGCACUUUAACUCGCCGUUAACUGCACCGCCAUCAUGGUACUAAUGACGUCAUUCUAUUGUAUCAAUAAUAUGUCAUUGUAAAAAAACAUUGUAUAUAUUGUUAUAUUGACUAUUCUUUCUUUUUUUAAAUGCAAAUAAAACUUCUUUUUCA